AUGAAGUCAUCAGAUCCCGCCCGACCCAGCAGCCGUCGCGCCGCCUCAGGUGCAUGGAACCGCUUGAAACCAGUUCGCGAAGAUGUUCUAGAGACAUAUGGGCUGCCUUCCAAGGGAGAGACGCGGCUCAAUGACUUCAAAACGCAAGAAGUCUACUUCAACCGCAUCAUAGAGCGCUACAUGAAGCUCUGCGCCCUCAACCGCGAUGAACUAGACCGUCUCUUCGUCUCAGUCAGCGUCCCCCAGUCCACUUCCACAGAUACGAAGUCAGCCUCGACCGCAAACUCCAAACUCACAUCGUCCUUCUCCUCGCUUUCCCUCUCUAAACACGCGCCCCCAGAGCACCAAUAUGCCAGCCGCCCGCCCCUCGCCUCCACCUCUACAAACACAUCUACGACACACCAGCACCACCCGAUCCCCCAGAAAGCCUUCACGCUCUCCAUAAACGAACUAGCCACAGUGCUCGCCUCCCUGCGCAAACUCCGCGAAGCAAUAACAGCCUCGAACCGCAGCGACGCCUUCGCCCUGCGCGCAUACACCUUCGCGAUCCACGUCAGCAUCCUCUGCCACGACUGGGCCUCGUACCUCCCCUCUCUCCUCUCCCUGCUCAACACAAUACACCCACGGAAUCCCUUGUCACCCUCUACCUUGCACGAAUUCGUCGGGCUGUUGAUCCUCGAUCAAGCGUGUCGGCAAUCCGAUUUUGCGGGCGCAAGAGCGACGAAGUUGGCAUAUGGGUACAAGGACUGGAGGGUGGAGAAGGUGCUGAAGUGUCUUGUCGCAGAUGAUUACGUGGGAUUCUGGCGGGUAAGGAAGAGUGUGGAUGGGUAUCAGAGGAGUGUUAUGGAGUGGGCUGAUGGCGGGGUGAGGGUGCAUGCGCUCAAGUGUCUGGGCAAAGCGUAUUUGAGUGCGGACAAGGGCUUUGUGGAGAGGGUCACGGAGAGGAGGUGGGAGGAGUUGGUCAGUGAGGGGGUGGGCUGGGAGUUAAGUGCUGAUGGGGAGAAGGUGUUGAUUAAAAAGCCAAAGGGGACGUGA